AAAACUCUCUUGUUUUUUACGUCAUCUUAUCUAUACUUUUUCCUUCUUUUAAAUAAUAUUUUUAUCUUUUUAUAUUAUAUGCAAUAAAAUUGAUAUUCAGUAAAUUUUAUUUUUAUUAUAAUAUUAUAUAUAUGAUCUUAUAUUUUCUUAGUCGAUAUGAAAAUUAUAUGUGGCAAGAUUCAAGUGCUUCGCGUUAUGGCAGAGUAAAAAAAGAAUAAGUUAGAACGUACUUCUCACUUGUGCUAUGGGAAUAUAUACAUAAACUGUAUUUAUUUUCUUGAGGCAAUCGGUACGAAGACAUGAGUCGUACACCUUGAAGCCUAAUGCCGAAGAUACAAUACGUUUGAGACGUUUAGGUCCCAAUAAGGUUAGAUUUGUUAACCUUAAAGUAUAAGCAGAGAACGAUCGACAAACGAAAUGGAUCGUCUUGGUGAAGAUGAAAGUAGCAAUUCUUAUGUGGAAAGACGUGUAAGCGGUCGAGGACGAGGUCGUGGUUCUUGGGUGCCAAUGCCAAAAAAUACGCAAGAACAGCAAACAUUGAGAAGACCGCAUUAUGCCGGUAGUGCACAUCCAGCUGUCGGUUCUACCGUGACUAACUGCUCUGAACAAAACAAAUCACAAGAAUCUAUUAACAGUAUUGUUGAAAAUUCAACUUUAUCGGUAGAUGCUGCUGAAUUUGUUCCUAAAUGCCAGAGUUAUGUUGUACCUAUGCAGCAACCACCAUCAAUGAUUUGGCCCAAACAUUCUGUCCAAAAUAGAAUUCAAUUAGCAAGAGAAUUACCUCAUCAGUUACCAGGUCAAACACAGUUACAACAUAGACAGAUAAUAGAAAGGCAACAUUAUGAACAUUUUUCUGAUUCCAUACAUUCAUCUCGACAACGUCAAAUGGACGAACAAGAAGAGUUACGGCUAGAUAAUCAGGAACAAAAUUUGGCAAAUACAAUGCAUCAGUUAGCUAGUGUGAUGCAUUAUUUAACUAUGAAUCCUGGAAGUUUUGCAUCUUUAGUACCACCACUUCUCAACAAUAUCAAGCUUUAUUGUGAAUCCCCUACUGAACUUCAAGAAAUUGUAGAAGUUGUAAUAGUACAGAGUAUAAAUGAAGGAAAUUUCCGAUAUAGCGGUGCUCGUAUAUUUAUGUGUCUUGAUACUGCUAUGACAAGAGAGGAACAAAAACCUUUCAGAGAAAUUCUACAUUCACUAUGUAAGGAUAAAACACAGAAACAAGCUUCUACUUGGCAGAAAAAUGAUAAACACACAGAAGAGGAACAGAUGAAAUGUCAUGGAUUGAUAUUAUUCCUAGCAGAAUUAGUUGUUCAAAUGGGGGAUGUGCUUGCUUUUGAAUUAGGAGAACAGCUAAUACAACUUAUUUCAAUUGUACUGAAAAAUCCAGGAUCAAAUUCUGCUAAACAUAUAUGCCAAGCACUUAAACUGGCAGGACAUACUUUAGAAAGAGAUAAAAGAGGUAGCCGAAAAGAAAUGGAAAAUAUGAUGCGUGCUUUAACAGAAUUAGUCACAGAAGGAAGAGCAGAUUCAAGUGUGGGUCGCAUGAUCGAUAGUGUACAUCAGUUGCGUAAUGGAAAUUGGGGACGAGAUAGUCAUAAUUCAUCCAGUCAAAAUUCAUUACCAGAACCUAUACAUUCAACUAAAAUGCAACAUGAAUAUAAUGAACUUGUUCUGUAUGGUCCUGAUGGUAAAGUACUAUCUGCUGAAGAAAGCCAAUUCUUACAGGAUGCAGCAACAGAUGCUAGUGAUUCUGAAAAACAAGCAGAAAUAGAUCAAGAGUAUGAAGAAUUAUUGGAAGAUGAAGACGACGAAUCAUUUGCUACUGCCUAUGAAGAAUUUUUAAAACUUUUACCCAAUAAAAUUGAAAAUAAAGUACAUCAGUGAAUGUUAGUAUAAGAAAAAAGAACAUUUAUAGUAUGCAAGAACACUAAUAAUGAUCGUUCUAUAAAUAUUAGUAUACAGAUAUUUUUAAUCCUUUGGUAUAAGCUUAUACCUAACGUAUUCGAAAUAAUUUAUGUUAUAUUUAUAUAAUAAUUCUGAAAGAUAACAACCUACUGUCUUUGAAUAUUUAUGAAAUGGGCUUAAAUGCAGUAGUCAUAUGAUUUACCAAAAACGUUGACUAGCUUUGAAACGUUUAAUAUUGUAUAGAUUUAAUACAUAUAACUAUUAAAAUUAUUCAAAAUGUUGAAGAGGUAACUGUUAUCUAUUUUUUUUUUUCUAUUCUAUUUGUACAACAAUUUUGAUAAUACUUAAUGUAUGUAUGAUAUAAUAAUCUUUUACUCUACAAAGUAGAGUAUAUCAACUCAUUUUAAUUAAUUUAGUUAAAUUUAAUAAUUAACUUUAUAAAUCUGAUUUUUUUGAUAUUAUAUAUUACUUAUAUAUUAUAGAACAUAUGUUAAAUAUUUAUUAAUUACAGUUUGAUCAUAUACAAUUUUUUUUUUUUUAGAAAACAGUCAUGAAAAAUAAUUUACCAUUUACCAUUUGAUAAAAGGUAUAAAUAAAAUAGUUACAAUAAAGCAAAAAUUUGAUUGGAAAAAAAUUUUAUUCUUCCAAUAUAUUCCUUCUGUGCCACAUUAAAAUGCGUCAUUGAAAUGAUUCAACGCGGCCUCGAUGCAAGUUGCUUUUUAAGGAAUCGAGCCAUAAUGUAAUAAUAAUAAUCUACUUUGAGAGGAAUAAGUAAUUAUUUUCGUAUUAAAAAAAUAUA